GCCUUAUGCUGAGGAACCGAGACAGCGGCGGCGCGGGCGCGGCCCUGGCCCUGUCAGGGUUACCAGCAUGGAAGUUAAAACCAGUGAAGAUAAUUUGAAAGUCAAUAAAAUGAAGAAGAAGGUAUUGAGGAAACAGGUUAGAGCUCAGCAUACAUUGAUGAGACAUGAGGGCAUUGAGUGCAUCUCCCAUGCCACAGAGAGCUUGGUUGUUGCCAAUGCUGGUCUGGGUAAUGGGAUGAGUAGACACCAACUUCUCAGGAUAGUAGAAGAAUAUGGAUUGGUGGAAACACUCUUAAUGCCACCGAAUAAACCGUAUUCAUUUGUGAAAUAUGGGACAACAGAAGCAGCCAAGAAAGCCUUUGAUGCCCUCAAUGGAAAAGAAAUAACACUGGAAGACUUUGGCCAAAACAUUGUUCUCUAUAUUAAUUUUGUGGAAAAAGUUUUCUGGCAGGAUGCUAUUCCUACAAGCUUGCCUCCAGGCCUAAUGGUCAUUGAAAAGAUUAUUUCUCCAGAGGAAGAAAAGAGGAUGUUGGAGUGUAUUGACUGGAUAGGAGAUGAAGAUACUCAAAAUGCUCAGAAGACUUUAAAGCAUAGAAGAGUAAAACAUUUUGGAUAUGAGUUUUGCUAUGAUAACAACAAUAUUGAUAAAGACAAACCUUUACCUGGUGGUCUUCCUGUAAUUUGUGACCUGUUCUUGGAGAAAUGCUUGAAGCAGGGAUAUAUCAAACAUAAACCUGAUCAACUGACUGUAAAUCAGUAUGAACCUGGACAAGGAAUUCCUCCUCAUAUUGAUACACAUUCUGCUUUUGAGGAUGAAAUUAUCUCUCUCAGUUUAGGAGCCGAGAUUGUGAUGGAUUUCAAGCACCCUGAUGGCCAUACAGUGGCAAUUAUGCUGCCCCGAUGCAGUUUAUUGGUGAUGGCGGGAGAGUCCAGAUACCUGUGGACACAUGGGAUUACACCCCGAAAAUAUGAUGUCAUUCAAGCAUCUGAACUUGGGCAAAAAGUUGGAACAAUCAUUGCUGAUGUCAGAGACCUAACGCUCAAUCGAAGAGAAACAAGGACAUCUUUUACAUUCAGAAAAGUGAGGAGGAGCCCUUGCAACUGCAUUUACCCAUCUGUUUGUGACAGCCAGAAAGGACAGCAAAGGCAGAUACAACCUUCAUUUCCCCACAGUGAGGUGGAGGCCUUGAAGCUGGAACAAGAAUAUGUCCACAAUGUGUAUGAAGAGAUUGCCACACACUUCAGCAGUACCAGGCAUAGCCCAUGGCCCCAGAUUGUAGAGUUUCUCAGAUCCCUACCAAAAGGGUCGAUUGUGGCUGAUGUUGGUUGUGGUAAUGGGAAAUAUCUGGGCAUCAACAAGGAUUUGUACAUGGUUGGCUGUGAUCGCAGCAAAAACCUGGUGGAUAUUUGUGGAGAAAGAAAUGUUGAGGCUUUUGUCUGUGAUGCCCUCUCAGUGCCCAUCCGCAGUGGUUCUUGUGACGCCUGCAUUUCUAUUGCUGUCAUCCACCACUUCUCAACAGUGGAGAGGAGACUGGCAGCUAUCCGAGAACUAGUGCGGCUUCUAAGGCCUGGUGGGACAGCACUCAUUUAUGUCUGGGCAAUGGAACAAGAAUACAAAAACCAGAAGUCUAAGUAUCUUAAGGAUGGUGGUAAAGACAAAAAGAAGGAAAUCAAUACUGGCAUGGCCCAGAAAACACCUUGUGAUCAAAUGCCUGAGAGCAGCAGCCAAGACUCAGUGUGUUCUGACAGACGUCUUAAUGACUGGAAGGAUGAAUGCUGUGGUGCACAGCCAGUAGCAGAGCCCAGACUGCCUGUCCACACGAACCGAACCUCCUUUCACUCUCAGGAUUUGCUGGUUCCCUGGCACCUGAAAGGUGGCUCUAAGAAGAAACAGGAAGGUGUUGACCGGGGAUUGUUUCCAGCUGGCUCCAAGGAAUCACAAAAACUCAGCCCUGUUUUCCACCGCUAUUACCAUGUGUUCCGUGAAGGGGAACUGGAAGAAGUGUGCACAUCCUUGGAUUGUGUGAGGGUUCAAAGAAGUUACUAUGAUCAGGGAAACUGGUGUGUGGUUCUAGAAAAGCUGUAGCCUGUGGUGUUUCCUCCACUGUAUGUGGCAUUUUGUUUAUUUUUUACAGUGUGAAAGGUACUUUUCAUGCAGACUGCAGCUGUUACCUCUUUUAAAAUAGCAGAAUAAAGAUUGUAUAUUGAUUAGUAACA